GGCGGUGGGUCUGCAAGACUGCAACAGAAGGCUAUAUACUACCGGCAGCCAGCAUCGAAGCAUCGACUACCGCCACAGGAGGUAUUCUCUUAAGUUCAUUUCUCGUCUUAGGUACCACUUUCUCUGAUGGACCUUUAGUAUAUUUACCAGUUAUUACUAUCUUUUUUCCUGUUUGAUUUCUUAUGGCAUAUCUGUAUUAAGUUACGUAUUUUUUAUAAAAGAACUUCUGAAGAUUGCAAGGAUCUUAGUUUUAUUUCUUUAGUUGCCAGCUAGUAUGAAGAAUACGCUGCCGAUCUGAUCUUUUUCUUUUCUUUUUUUCUUUUUUUUUUCUCACGAGAUGGAACUCCCUAGUUAAUUUUCCUUGCUCAUUAUAAGCUCCAUUUUUCGUCUCUGAUUGGAUUUGCUUUAGAAAGUUGCUUUGUUACUGAAUAACUCUGACAUACUAUUAACAUGGAAUGGAUCUAGUUGAAUGAUGAUUGUUCAUUUGUUUGUAAUGCUCCUUUGGGCUUCUAUAAUACUACAAUUGUAACUUGCAAGACAGCAAGAGAAAGAGUGUGAUCUCAUAUAUUUGCAUGAAUCUUGCAGAUCAUAUUGAUUACUGAGAUAUAGGGCCACUUGAUGUGAUUCUGAUUAUUCUCCUCGACCAAACAACAGCAGAGAUGACGAAAUCAAACAACCUCGCUUUUCAAUUUAUUCUUUUCCUUCUGUAUUCCUUUCUCUGGGCAGCUUCAGCUGAUCCUCACCAAGACUUCAUUACUUGCUGCUUGCAAAAAUCCAGCGACCCUGUUGCAUUUUCAAGAGUCAUUUCCACACCACAAACCUCUUCCUACUCGUCGAUUCUGAACGUUACCGUCCAAAACCUGAGAUUCACCCUGCCAAACACCCCAAAACCUCGAGUUAUCAUUACUCCAGACCGUGAUUCCCAGAUACAAACAGCAAUACGUUGCUCCAAAAAGCAUGGAUUGCAGAUUAGGAUCUUAAGCGGAGGCCACGAUUUCGAAGGCAGCUCUUAUGUUUCUGAUGUCCCUUUUUUUGUCCUUAACAUGUUCAACUACAGAUCAGUGUCUGUAGAUGCAAAAAGCCGAACAGCUUGGGUUGGAGCUGGAGCCACACUUGGGGAAACAUACUACAACAUUGUUAAAACAAACCGUUCAUUAGCAUUCCCGGGUGGAUAUUAUCCACAAAUUGGUAUUGGAGGGCAUGUUAGUGGUGGAGGGUACGGCUGUUUGCUCAGAAAAUUUGGACUUGCAGCUGAUAAUGUGUUGGAUGCUCGCGUAAUCGAUGCAAAUGGAAGAAUUCUUAAUCGGAAAUCCAUGGGUGAAGAUCUCUUCUGGGCUAUUAGAGGAGGCAUGGGAGCCAGUUUCGCUGUCAUUCUUGAAUACAGAGUAAGACUGGUUGAGAUCUCAAAGGAAUUGACAGCAUUUCGUCUCCUGAAAACUCUGGAAACAAAUGCGACAGAUCUUGUUCACAAAUGGCAAUACGUUGCUCCCAAUUUGUCUGAAAACUUGCUUCUUGAACUCUCGUUGACGGUUAUUCAAUCAAAUCAAACUGGUAAGAGAACCGUCCAAGCCACAUUCGUUACCCUGUUCGAAGGGGGGGCUGAUGAGCUGGUUAGUAUAAUGGAUGAACAGUUUCCAGAACUGGGUUUGGUUAAAAAGGAUUGCAUCCAGUUAUCGAGUUGGGUUGAAUUCAUCAUAUAUUUUUAUGGGCGGCCAUUGGAAUUAACGGAUAGCUUACUAACAAGCAGGGUGUCUCUCAAUCCAAAAAGUUACUUCAAGUCCAAAUCAGACUUUAUUCAGAAGCCCAUUCCGAAACAGGGGAUUCAGAAGCUAUGGGACAUGAUGCUCAAAAUUGAUUUCCCGGCUCUCCUGAUGAAUUGGACACCUCUGGGAGCAAAAAUGGCUGAAAUCCCGGAAUCAGAAAUCCCAUUCCCACAUAGGGCUGGCAACAUAAUAUUGGUUUACGAGAAGAUUCAAUGGAUGGGAACAGACCCCAAGUUGAUGCAACAGCGUAUUGCUUUGAUUAGAGAAUUCCACAGCCUUAUGGGGGAGUUUGUGGAUAAUGACCCUAGAGCUGCUUAUGCAGACUAUAGGGACCUGGAUUUGGGAGUCAAUAACGUUGGUAAAACAAGUGUUGAACAAGCUAGGAUUUGGGGUGCUCAAUACUUCAAGAAUAAUUUUGAUAGGCUUGUUAAAGUGAAGACCAUGGUUGAUCCUCAUGAUUAUUUCAAGAACGAGCAGAGCAUCCCACCGCUUUGAUCGUCUCAUUUAUCAUUUUCGUGAAGGUUUAAACUUUAAGGCAAUAAAACUCUUGGAUCUUUUGGCAUGCCUAAAUACUCUUCUCCCUUCUUUAGGAUCACAAACUACAAAUAAGUACGAGGCGGCAGAAAUUCUUGUCCCGCUUCCUUGAACAAGAGCAAUCACACGGUUGUUACCAGUGUGGUGGAAAAUGUGGGCCUUUUUUGCCAAGUGGAAAAUAUUAACCUUACAUUUACUUACUUUUAUCCUUUCUCCGAUGGUGUUACUCAAUCAUGGUAACAAAUGUGACCCGCAGCCAUUUUUUUUUAUUUUUUAUUUUGAAACACUACAAUUACAUGUAUCUUGUCUCACACAAAGUGAGGUAAGAUUUCCACAAUAGAGUAUAAUUUGUACCUAUUCUAAACUAGAGGAGAGAAAAUGCGAAUGGAGAAGGGAAAGUGAAGGUGCGAGAAUUCGAUCCCUCAACCUCUGGCCUAGCAUGACAUGCUAGUGGGUACUGGGACAAGUCCCAAUAUUUAGCCUUUUUUUUUCUAGAAACAAAAUAAAUUAUUUUUUCAAUAUAAUGGAGUUUUAUUACAGGCUGGCUCUUGUUUUGCAGCAUUUGUUAGAAAAAAAAUAUAUAUAUGAUUUUAUUUGUUACGCGCUGCAAUGUGAUGAAAU